AAGGAUUCUCUGCGAUCUCUAGGGCUUGAAAAACUGAAAUGAACAAAAAACUAGAAGAAAAAUAAAAAAUCAAAAACACAAUUUCGCGGUGAUACUCUCUAUGCAAUAGACGGCAACUCCAAAUCUUUAUACCCCACCAAUUCUGAUUCAUUUCCUAUGGAUUUAUAAGGUUUUUGGGUUUGUGAUUUUUGAGGGAUUGACCAAGGAAUGGCGGCAGAUGAGUCAAAGGGUUCAGUUGACGUGAUCUUGGAUUUCUUGAAAAGAAAUAAGUUUUCGAGGGCGGAAGCUGCACUGCGUAGCGAGUUAGGUAACCGGUCUGAUUUGAAUGGUUUCUUGGAAAAUUUAACACUUAAUGGAGAGGGAUUAGAGAGAGAAGAAAAGAGUGAGGAGUUGGAGAAUGGGGCAGGAAAGAUUAAGACUUCACGGGGAAGUGAGGAUGUUUUGUCUAGUGAAAUCGUUGUUAAAGAAAUCGAAUUUGGUCCUAGAAAUGGUUCUGAUGAUAGUAACUGGAGCAAUACAAGAGAACAAGUCGGCAAUGCUGCUACCGUUUCACCUGGGAAUGUGGUUGAUGAUUUUGGGUUUUCCAAUAGUGUUGAUGAUGCUGUGCCUGAUUUGUAUUCCAAUUACUAUAUAGGUAAUGGUAGUUUUGUAGCUGAUCCGUAUGAGGACUUUUUUGGGGUUGGUGCAAAUUCUAAAAGAAAUGAAGCGAAGGGAGAAAGUAUCAAUUUAUCAGCUAACAUGAAUGCAAGAGAGGGAAAUGGAAUACAAUUCUCUAUCGGUGAGAAGGAAACGACAUGGCUUGGCAGUACUAGUAAUUCCAUUCCUGAGCCUAAGGAAAGUAAGAUUAGUGCUACUCAGUUUAUAAAGAAUGAUGGUUUCGUUAAUAAUCUGCAGUCUGGUAAUGAUCACACAUCUCAAUCAGUGCCACAAGCUUGGAAAGACUGUUCAGUGAAAACUAUAUUUCCAUUUCCAGAGUUGUCGAUCAGUUGUGAUAAUGGGAUGGUAGGGUUUGUUGACAAAAGGGAAGGAAAAAGAAAAUCUGAUGACAUAAAAGAUGUUCGUGCUGCAAUAAAAGAACAAGUGGAUGAGGUUGGGAGAGCUCUUUUUUUUGGAAAGAGUCAGGAACCUAAAACUUUUAGUAGCAUCGGGAGUAUGCCACUAUUGCCAUCAGAUAAUCACAGGGAGGAAUUCCCCAGGUUGGCACCUGUCAAAUUGAAAUCAGAGGAUAAGCUAUCAAGUAUAACUUGGGAGGAGAAGUUUGAGCGUGAUGUACCUGGUUCAAAGAUUAUCAAUGCUGAUACCUACCAUAUAGGACCAUUUCCUGAUGUUCCAGUUGGACAAGAGAUUAUCUCUGCAGGUGAUGGAUUGAGCGAAUCUGUCGACUACCCUAAUGAGUACUGGGACUCAGACGAAUAUGAUGAUGACGAUGAUGUUGGCUACAUGAGACAGCCUAUUGAAGAUGAAACCUGGUUCUUGGCUCAUGAAAUUGACUACCCAAGCGACAAUGAAAAGGGAACAGGUCAUGGGAGUGUUCCAGACCUGCAAGAAAGAGGUCCAACCAAAGAUGAGGAUGAUGAUCAGUCAUUUGCAGAGGAAGAUUCCUACUUAUCUGGUGAAAAUUAUUUUCAGUCAAAAAAUAUCAAUGCAAUGAUAUCUUCAGAUGAUCCUAUUGGGCUAUCAAGGACUGAGAUGUAUGGGAGAAAUGAUGAAAACAACUUGAUAGCUCAAUAUGAUGGACAGCUGAUGGAUGAAGAGGAACUGAAUCUGAUGAGUGCAGAACCAGUCUGGCAGGGCUUUGUCACACAGAGUAAUGAUCUUAUUAUUUUAGGCGAGGGGAAAGUUCUGGAAGAAUGUGGACAGCCUGGGCUCCAUGGCAUAUGUAUGGAUGAUGAUAAACAUGGUUCGGUUAGAUCAAUUGGUGUUGGAAUCAAUAAUGAUGCUGCUGAUUUUGGUACUGAUGUAAGGGAAAGUUUGGUUGGAGGAAGUAGUGAGGGGGACACAGAGUACACAAAGGAUCAAGAUGGUGGUGUCCAUGGAUCCAGAGUAUCACAAUAUGAUUUGAAUAAUACAUAUCAUAGCAGAUCAAAGGAAAAGAAUGGAAUGACUAAACCGGGCCUAGAUAAGCGUGCAACAGGAAAUAGUAAAGGUACAGGCUCACCAGAAAAAGAUCAUUUAGGAGGUUUUUCAUUUCCUCCUAGUGAUGGCCAGACUGUGCAGGCAGUUUGCAGUAAACCUCUGCGGUCAAACAAAGAGAACAACAAUGUAGGGGAAACUGAUAAUGGUUUAAGUACUUUGAUUGGUGAUGAUAACAUGCUUUCUUCGUGGAGACGGAGCGGUGAUUCCUUACCAGUCAGAAUCUCAAGGGAUGAAGACGACGUGGUGGAUUCUGUAAAUUCAUCCCCUUCCUCAUUUUCGAAUUAUGGCUAUGCUGAUAAGAAUCUCGUCUUAAAAGCUGAGGAUGAAAAACUUGGUUCUAGAGAGGAUCCGGGGGUGUCACUGGAGGACGAAGAGGCAGCUGCCGUGCAGGAGCAAGUGAAGCAGAUACAAGCUCAAGAAGAGGAAUUUGAGACCUUCAACCUUAGGAUUGUGCAUCGUAAAAACAGAACUGGCUUCGAGGAGGACAAAAAUUUUCAUGUUGUCUUAAAUUCAGUCAUAGCUGGACGUUAUCAUGUCACCGAGUAUCUUGGAUCUGCUGCAUUCAGCAAAGCUAUACAAGCGCAUGACCUCCACAGUGGCAUUGAUGUCUGUGUAAAGAUAAUAAAAAACAACAAAGAUUUUUUUGACCAGAGCCUUGAUGAGAUAAAACUUCUCAAGUUUGUGAACAAGCAUGAUCCUGCCGACAAAUAUCAUAUUCUGCGGUUGUAUGAUUACUUCUACUAUCGUGAGCAUUUGCUAAUUGUGUGUGAACUUCUCAAGGCAAACUUAUAUGAGUUCCAUAAAUUUAAUCGAGAAUCUGGAGGAGAGGUUUAUUUUACGAUGCCAAGACUGCAGUCUAUAACCAUCCAAUGUUUGGAGGCCCUGCAGUUCUUACAUGGUCUUGGUCUCAUUCAUUGUGAUCUGAAGCCUGAGAACAUUUUGGUGAAAAGUUACAGUAGGUGUGAAGUGAAGGUCAUUGAUCUUGGCAGUAGUUGUUUUGAAACAGAUCAUCUUUGCUCCUACGUUCAAUCUAGAUCUUACAGAGCACCUGAGGUUAUUCUAGGACUUCCAUAUGAUAAAAAGAUUGAUAUAUGGUCACUUGGCUGCAUCUUGGCAGAACUUUGUACUGGCAAUGUCCUCUUUCAAAAUGAUUCCCCUGCUACGUUGCUUGCUCGGGUAAUUGGUAUUAUUGGACCCAUUGACCAAGAUAUGCUUGCCAAAGGGCGAGAUACAUACAAGUACUUCACCAAAAAUCACAUGCUGUAUGAACGUAACCCGGACACCAACAGGCUAGAAUACCUGCUUUCCAAAAAGACGUCACUGAGGCAUCGCUUACCAAUGGGGGACCAAGGUUUUGUUGACUUUGUUAAUCAUUUACUAGAAGUGAACCCUAGCAAACGCCCUUCAGCAUCCGAAGCCUUGAAACAUCCGUGGUUGUCAUUCCCGUAUGAACCAAUAUCUUCUUGAACCUAUUUAAGAAAUUGCUUGCAUUUACUGGUGGUGCAUUAUACGGUGGUUGAAAAGCCCACUUGCUGACCAGAUAGGAUUGGUUGUCGAGUUGAAAUAUUGCUUGAGGUUUUGCUCACAUCAGGCCUUCACAAUCCAUAUACCUGUGCUUGACUAUACAUUCUUGAUCCCUAUCAUCUUUGUUUAAAUGGUUUUAUCUUUGUUAAGAGUAUUUUAAGAAUGUAUAUUGCUCUUUAGGUGUAUUUUUUAGGGCAAUAUUUUUUGCUUUGUCCGAGUGGAAAAGGAAAAUCUUCAAUCUUGCUGUACAUGAUGUGUUAUAGUUGUUUUAGGUCAUACUUAGUGGUAGUCUCUUAUGAUGGAUUGUGAUUUUUGUUGCUCAUCGGUGUCAUUAUGGAGCAAGCCCAUUUCAAAGAAAUAUGUGGUGAUAUAUUUUGUUGUUUGCUAAUUUGAUCUUGUGGUGAUAUUUGGUUAUGAUUUGUUUGAUGUACAAAUAAUUUUUCUGACAAAAAUGUACAAAUCAUUUAUUUGUCUUGGAA